GCAUCACUCUCACUCAUUCACUUUUCGUCUAGUAUACGUAGUGCAGUUUUCAACCUCCGUCACCAAUUAAUUAACACACUAAUAAACACAUACACACACUAACUUAAUUACACAUCAAAAAUGGAUUCAAGAAACCUCAUAAGAUUUCUGUUUUUCACUUUCGUCAUCGCCCUUCUCUUACUUCUCACUUUCACAAACCUCCCUGCUUAUACCGAGGAGCUACUCGAUUGUCCCACCAGCUCACGGUGGUGUGCCACCAAAAACCGCUUUAUCAAACAACCACAACCACCCAAAACCACCACCACCAACCUCCAUACAUCCGACGAACCCCACCACCCCCUCGACCCACUCACUCUCAAUGAAUUCAACACAAUACGUUCCAUCCUUUUAUCCCAUACGCUUUUCAAAAACUCAAACACCUACGCCCUUCACUCCGUUGUCCUAGAAGAACCAGAUAAAUAUCUAGUUCUUAAAUGGAAACACGGGGAUGACCUGCCGCGUAGAAAGGCUUCGGUCAUCGCCCGUGUCAACGGUGAAACACAUGUGUUCACCGUUGAUAUAAGUACUGGGGUAGUGACCCCAGUAGAUGUCGGGCAACACUCGGGUUACCCGACAAUGACUAUAGAAGACAUGACAUCGUCAACAUGGGCGCCACUAGGGAAUCCAGAGUUUAACCGUACGAUUAUGGCACGUGGCAUUGAUCUAAAAGACUUAGCAUGUUUGCCAAUUUCGUUAGGAUGGUUUGGGAAAAAAGAGGAAAACCGUAGGUUGAUUAAGGUACAAUGUUAUUCCAUGGAAGGAACUGCCAACUUUUAUAUGAGACCAAUUGAGGGUCUGACGGUUGUUCUUGAUAUGGAUACAAAAUAUGUUGUUGAGAUUGUUGAUAAAGGAAAAAACAUACCGAUACCGAAAGCCGCGGGGACGGACUACCGAUUGUCAGCACAAAAUCAUCAAAUUAAUUUAGUUAACCCAAUAUCUAUUGAACAACCAAAAGGUCCAAGUUUUGUAAUAGAACAUGAUCAUUUAGUCAAAUGGGCUAAUUGGGAAUUUCAUCUCAAAUCCGACCCGAGAGCAGGGGUGGUGGUUUCUCGGGCUAUGGUAAGGGACCCGAUAACAGGGGAGAAAAGGAGUGUGAUGUACAAAGGGUUUACUUCGGAGCUCUUUGUUCCGUAUAUGGAUCCAACGGAUGCUUGGUAUUUUAAGACUUAUAUGGAUGCUGGUGAAUACGGGUUCGGGCUUCAAGCGAUGCCACUUGACCCGCUUAAUGAUUGUCCACGUAACGCGUAUUAUAUGGACGGUGUGUUUGCCGCGGGCGACGGGAAGCCUUACAUUCGAUCAAAUAUGGUUUGCGUUUUCGAGAGGUAUGCGGGCGAUAUUGGGUGGCGACACUCCGAGAGUCCAAUAACUGGAAUGGAGAUACGAGAGGUGAGACCGAAGGUGACGCUAGUGGUAAGGAUGGCAGCUUCCGUUGCAAACUAUGAUUACAUUGUGGAUUGGGAGUUUCAGACCGAUGGAUUAAUCCGAGUCAAGGUGGGACUGAGUGGAAUCUUGAUGGUGAAAGGCACUUCUUAUGUCAACAUGAACCAAGUAAACCAAGUGGAUAAUCUUCAUGGCACCCUCUUAUCGGAAAAUGUCAUCGGCGUCAUCCACGACCACUACAUCACCUUCUACCUUGACAUGGAUAUUGAUGGGCCCGAAAACUCGUUUGUCAAAGUAAACCUUAAACGGGAAACAACUGCUUCAGGAGAGUCCCCAAGGUUAAGUUACUUGAAAACGGUUAGAAAUGUUGCAAAGUCGGAAAAAGAUGCACAAGUUAAGUUGAAGUUGUAUGACCCAUCCGAGUACCACAUUAUCAACCCAUCAAAAAUGACACGUGUGGGUAACCCUGUUGGAUACAAGUUGGUCCCUGGUGGCACGGCUGCUAGCUUGUUGGAUCUCGAUGAUCCACCACAAAAGCGCGGUGCCUUCACAAACAAUCAAAUUUGGGUCACACCGUAUAACAAAAGUGAGGAAUGGGCUGGAGGGUUAUUUACUUAUCAAAGUCAAGGGGAUGACACUCUUGCAGUUUGGUCCGAAAGGGACCGACCGAUUGAAAACAAGGAUAUUGUAAUGUGGUAUACAUUGGGGUUCCAUCAUGUUCCAUGCCAAGAGGACUUCCCAAUCAUGCCAACGGUAUCAUCGAGUUUUGAUUUGAAGCCUGUUAACUUUUAUGAAAGCAAUCCUAUUCUCAACAUCCCACCAAAUGUUGAGAAAGAUUUGCCUGUUUGUAAUGCUGCUUCUUCUGCAUAAUUGUCUACAUCAAAAUUAGGAAAAAAGAAAGUAGUAUGUUCGUCAUCGUAGAUAUGUAUGAGUUUAAGUGUAGGAUGUUGCAGAACCUAAAUGGACAUUCAUUUAAUAAAUGGUUUAAGGAAUCAUUUUUCUUCUUGUUCA